AUGUUCAAUCUCUGUGUGAUGGGCUCGGCCCCAGCCACUGUCAAGGAACAGGUAGAGCGCGCCCUGUUGGCCGCGUACGUUCCCGCGCGAUUUAUGUUGACUCGGUUAGAAGAUGUAAAAGAACGAGAGGAUCACGGCCGUGUAAUGUCACAAUCGUUUCGACUUCUUCUCGAGGCACACGACGCUCCUCCCACGAACCCGCAGGAGAUGCCAUAUGACUGUCGCUUUUUCUGGACGCCUGAAAGCACAACGGACGAAGUUGUUACGGAAGUGAAGUCGCUGCUUGACGGUCGCCGGUUUAUCUCAACACGCGGCGUGGUAGACGUGUCAACCAAAUUUCUGAGUGUUGUGCGGGACGGUCUGGCACCGAAUAGCGGCCUCUUUAACCUUCAAAGCAUCCCACAAAUGGCAAUGUCGCAAAUGCGUCACUUUUUUACGACUUCCACGCUGAGUUACGUUGAGGGGGCACAACUUGUGCUGGAACGGCUUGUGGACACCACCAUGCAGCCAGAAAAACUACGCAUGUUACUCAUGGAGGCAUACGCGCCUUGUCGCUGGAGCGGACUGAGUGACGUGUGCCCUGUCACGCCUUUGCUCCUCGAUGAGACUGAGAAUCAUAAAGCCAUGGAUGGUCAUCAUCAUGGCGCUAACAAAGAAACGGGUGCAGCAGCCGAUCCAUGUUGGCGUGACAUGUCCCUGAUGGAGCUCUACCAUGGGCCUACAGCAGCCUUCAAGGACUUUGCUCUGCAGCUCUUCCCCCGUUACUUUGACAUUGCAGCAUCCAACGAGUGUACCGACACCCCGCCCUCGUACGUCAUACUCACGGCAACAUCUGGUGAUACGGGUGUGGCUGCCAUCAGCGGCUUUGUGAACGCCGGAAGCCCCACGCGCGUCAUGGUGUUGUACCCCCUCCACGGCGUAUCCCCUGUGCAACAAAUUCAAAUGUUGUCCUACGAUAAUGGAGCAUCUGUGCGCGUUUACGGGGUGAAGUCGGACUUUGAUUUUUGUCAGUCCACCGUGAAGCAACUGUUCGCCAAACGAUCGCUGGCGCAGCGACUGUGGAGCGACAAAAAAAUCCGGCUCUCUUCCGCCAAUAGCAUCAAUUGGGGUCGUCUCGUGCCGCAAGUGGCAUAUUACUUUUGGGCGUACCGUCAAUUUGUGCAGAAGAGGCGUCUACAAUUUGGCGAUCCUCUAGACGUUGUUGUCCCGUGUGGAAAUUUUGGUAACAUCCUUGCGGCCUUCUUUGCAAAGCGGAUGGGGCUACCGCUCGGCAAGUUGGUGGUGGCCUCAAACUGCAACGAUGUGCUCUUUGAGUUUGUAGAGACUGGCCAUUACGACAUUCGCCAGCGACACCUGGUGCAAACGGCAUCGCCUUCUAUUGAUAUUUUAAAGGCCUCCAACGUGGAGCGGCUUCUCUUUUUGAUCUCAAAUGGAGAUGCGGCAUUUGUGGCGGCGCAAAUGCUUCGGCUGGAGACGGAGAAGCACUUCACCUUGCAGGGGGACGCACUGAAUGUCAUGCAGGACGUUUUCUGGUCCGCCCGCUGCAGCGAGGCGGAGUGUGCUGCAACGAUCAAAGAAGUGUAUGAAGCCUCAGCCGGCCGCCUGCUGGACCCACACACUGCCGUUGCUGUCUUUGUGGCGAGGCAAUUUCGUCGGUUCCAGCUGGAGAAGGGUCUGUCGCAUCGUCCGCUUGUCAUCGCGAGCACGGCCCACUGGGCCAAAUUUCCUGGAUCCGUGCUGCGUGCGCUGCGUGGUGAAGAAAUGGCGUAUGGCAUCACAACUUCGGUCGGAGGGCGGGUGAACCCCGUGCGUGCCUGCAGAGAGUUGUAUGAUGAGAUUCUUGCGCAUUGCCCGGGCGUCACAGUCCACCCUGCGCUGAACGCCGCACUGGCAGCAGCCGAAGCGAAUGCGUUUUCACCCCGUGAAGUUGAGGCAGACGUGUCCCGUGUUGAAGAGGAGCUCCUGCAGUUUGUCUCCGUGAAGUCUGCCUGA